UCUGUCAGGGUCACACCUGUCGGGCGGUGCCGCCGGCGGGAUGAGUGCUUGGGUGCGCGUGUGUGUGUCUCUCGGGUGCUUCACUCCGUAAUGUGUGUUAAUGGAGCGCGGAGAGUCACAUGAGGAGCAGCGGACCUCAUGAAGUUGUUGUCGGUGUCUGGAGACCUGCUGCUCGGCUGCUUUGACUCGAGGCGACGCGUUAAUGCGGCUCCUUCCCCCCGGAGGGUGGAGAACUUCCUGAAGUGCGUUUCUGUGAAGUGCUCUGGUUCUCUUGAGUGUUGUGGUUCUCCGGAGAGUCGUGGUUCUGGUCAUGGCUCUGUCCCAGCUCCAGUGUCUUGACGACAACCACGUGAACCUGCGCACGCACGAGUCCAAAGUCGGGUUCCUGUACUGUGAGGACCAGCGGCUCGCGCUCGAGGCUCUGCUGCGGGAUGGUCGCGACGCGCUGGUCAAGCUCCAGCUGGAACGCGGCCUGCGCGGCUUCCUGUCGGAGCCGGAGAUGGAGGCUCUGGCCGCGGCGGCGGAGCCCUACGACCCGGGUCUGGAGCUGUUCCUGGGGGACCCGGAGGACGACGAGCCCCCGCUGUCACUGCAAUACUGGCCCGAGCUGUCGGACACGUCCGUGCCGCAGAUGGACCUGGGCUGGCCCGACUGCGCCUCGUACCGGGGGGUGACGCGCGCCACCGUGUACGCGCAGCCACCGCUGGAUGGUCAGACGCACAUCAAAGAGGUUGUGAGGAAGAUGAUUGCGCAGGCGCAGAAGGUGAUCGCAGUGGUCAUGGAUGUCUUCACUGAUGUCGACAUCUUCAGAGAUUUGCUUGACGCUGGUUUCAAGAGGAGGGUUUCUGUCUACAUCCUGUUGGAGCGCACAAGGCUACCUCAUUUCCUGUCCAUGUGUCAGAGGGCCAACAUGCACCCGGGGCACCUCAAGCACCUUCGUGUUCGCUGCUCAGAAGGAUCAGAAUUCCUCACUCGGUCGUGCUCGAGGGUCAAAGGGCAACUGGGACACAGAUUUAUGUUCGUCGAUGGAGACAAAGCUGUGUCGGGGUCGUACAGUUUCACCUGGAUGUCAUCGCGGCUCGAUAGAAACCUUGUCACCGUGGUUACCGGCCAGGCAGUGGACACCUUCGACACGCUGUUCCGCAUCCUUUACGUGACCUCCAGCUCAGUUGACCUCCGGCAGGUUGCCACGGAGACCGAACCGGAGCCCGAGCCCAUCCCACCGCCGGCCCCUGUCGCCACUCCGUCUGCUGCUGAUUUAAGGAAAAUGUACAACCCUAAAUAUGCCGUGCUUAUGGCAGGGAACCCCAGUAUGAACCCGUCCUCUGGUCCGAAAGAGCCCCAAAAACCAGAGAACCCUGAAGUCCCAGGAAGUAAGAAGAGGAAGAGCAGUAAAGACGCUCCACAGGAGGCUCCUCCCCUCCAUCCUGGACUUGCCCAUUUAGAGAAGGCGUGCUUGAUGUCAUACCUACCGACCUGGCCAGAGCCAGACCCCCCUAGUGAUGUGAUUGGAUUCAUUAACGUCCGGGAUAACAGCAAAGGAUUUCAGGUCCAUCUGCAGCGAUCUGAGCUGUUUGAAACAAGCCAAGCGGUCAGGUUUAGCAGUCCAUUCAGCAUGCCCGAGCAAAUCCUGCCAGAGGUGGCCCAGCUCAGACAGUCAACUCCCAAUCGAGAGGAGACGAACAAACAAAAGGCAACACAAAAUAAAGCAAAUGCUGAAGAGUCUGCGGUGGACGGUAAUAUGGCAACACAACCGAGUGCGGCGCCUGAACCUGUCAAAGACACAAAUCAGGCUCUCGACACAGAAAGUGAACUGCUUUCAAACACACCCACCAACCAAUGUACAGGUCACAACACUACACUUCACCUCAGUGCACACACACCUUCUGCAUCCAGCAGCAACACAUCCACUCCCAACACUGGCAGGAGUUCACACAGCGCGCAAACUUUAACGACCAGCAGUCAUGAGCCGCAGUCCCUCCCUGGAUCCAACGCUGAACAAGAAGCAGAAACGAGUUUAAACACACAGAGCGCAGCUGUGCAGGGGACACACACCCUAGAAUCGGGUGACUCUGAACAACACACACAAACAAAGACAGAGGUGUCACUGGCAGAUUCCCACACUCAGCCACACAACUCCUCAGAAACACCUAACGUACAGACUCCCACUGUCCGCUGCCACAUUCCCACCUCCUCUGCUUCUCCUCCGAAUCCUCCGCCUGUCACUUCCACCUCCCUCUCUCAAAAACACCACACGGCCUCUACUGCAGCGCACACAAGGACAGCUACCAGUGUUUGUAUUUCCGUUCCCCCUCCUAUCUCUUCUUCUACAACUCUACACCCUCCCCUCCCUCCGUCCUCUGCACCCCCUCCUUCGACCCUGGCUGCACCCAUCCCUAAACCUCGCACUGUCCAUCUGGUUAUCAAAAGCGGUUGCACCAUCGACGGCCAGAACCUGCCAGAGAUCAGUGUUGUCAGUAGAACGGAGACCCCGGCCAGGAAAUCUGAUCGGUCCGACGGUGUGACUGCUGAUGCACCGAAGGCACAGAGUGUGAAUAUUCAAGAAAUAACUCCAAAAGAAGUUGAGCCCGAGAGUUUGACGCCAUCAGAAAGCGAAAUCCCCCCGAAGAAGGAGAGUGAGUGUGCAGCCGCAGAACAGACAGACACCAAGGCCCCAGAAAAAACCUCUGAGUUAGCCGAAGUGCCGAAUGACAAAGGUGAAAAUGUGGUACAGUGCAGAAAAUACCUCGCAAGAGCACAUGAACCUCAGAGAAUAUCAUACUGUGAACUGAAUGGGCCUGAAUCUGUCACAAUUAACGCACACGUACCCAAAGACAUUCAGCAAGGUAGUAGCCCGAGUGCCACAGCAGCACACCACACACACAUUAAACCAAAACACAACACACACAUCAGUAUUACCACUGAAGAAUCCCAACAGACCCCUAAAGCACAGGGAGGGUCACACACUCCUGAAAGACCCCAGUGCUUACUUCUCUCCAACACACACGUGACAGCUGAGCGAGAGUUGAACCCAAUUACUUCUCCCGUGCGCACUCUGACUCCGGACGGAUCUCUUCCACGCACGCCCACCCCGGACUCACAAACGCACACUCCGGACCCACGGGCGUACACACCAGACCUUCGAACACCCACGCCCGACGGGUAUAUGUCACCGAGGGACGACUCCAAUUUCUCCACCCCAUCGGACGAGUAUUUCGAAUGUAGCAGUUCUCCUCUACAGGACCCAGUGAUCGACCGAAUGGGUUUUCCCAACUACACGACAACAGGGGAUCACGAUAGCUUCACAAACACAAAUGGCGGAGUGAGACCAGACGAGGAGCAGCUGGAGGACGACGCAGCACUGAGACCCAGCGGUGGGGACAGGAGAGACAGACCUCAGUCACCCAGAGAGACUGAGAGACAGAAGUCUCCAAGACGACAGCAGCAGGAUGGCGGUCCUUCUCCUCACAGACCACCCAGAACACCUCCUCCACCGGUGGGUGCUGUCGGUUCUGCGACUGGGCGGAAGCCGGUGGAGGUUCCCCACAGCGAGAGCCAAGCCCUUCUCCCUCGACUGCCCCCAGUGACUGAGAGCAGGACGAGGACCGGACAGUGGCAGAAUCAGCAUUCCUACCCAAGAGCCCAGAACUCAAACAUGCAGCCGCAGCUCCGUCCUCACUUUCAGAACCAGGAGGAAUUUGUGCGAGGGGCACACAGGCAGGAGGAAGGAAAGUCUCCAUUCACCCUCACCGUUAGCAAGUUCUACAACCUGAAGGGACUGAAGGACCAGAUGAGCAAGCUGCCCGCACAGGGCAGGGGAGGCAGCGGCAGCCGCAAGAGCACCUACUAGUCUGGUCAUCUUCUGGGAAAAAAAACCGGCCUGGAAAUGUAAAAUAAAAAAAACUCCCCCCCCAUAUGUUCAAGAAAAAGCUUUACAAAGUCAGGACUUGACACAGUAAACACACAGUGAAAGAAAUGCACAAAACAGUUUUCUGUCCUGUUCAGACAUGGCUCUGCAUUGUUUGUUUUGCUCUAGGGUUCUGCUGACAGAGUGAGUGACUCAACUCUGAACUCUGACCCAUGACUUGUGGUUUAACCUGCUCUUGUCUUGCUUGUUUGACGGAGAACACAUUUUAAAGGGACAAUGUGUGAGCAUUGGCCGACUGUCGAAUCCUGAUGCUGCGUUCACACUGAACACGUUGCAAAUAUUUCACAUGUCGAGAUUACACACACAGUCAGUGCAAAGCCACGAUUGGACACGUUACGCAAUGUCGGAGGAGAACAGGCGAAUACUUAUCGUUUUUUUAUUGGUGCCUUAUGAACCCAAUAAACUGAAAUGAUCCCGUGGUGCGAAUUGCGCGUUUAGGGCUUCACAAAAAUGUGUGUCGCGUUCGGUGGGAACGCACCUUUACUCCAAACAACAAGAUGGCAGCCUUUUACCAGCAAAAUGCGCUUUUGGUUCCCCCUCUCUCCUUUUCCCUUUCGUCGGGCUGCCCCCUGGACAUUUUGUGCACAUCUCUCUGUGCACCUGUCAUUCCUUAUCUGCUGCAUGCAUGCUUUGCAAAUGGGUUCACUAUCACUAGCACCUCUUGAGGUACAAAGUGGUAUUGCGAGAGAGAGAGAGAGAGAGAUACUUGCUGUUUAGCCACAUGCUCACGUAGACAACAGGAUGUCUACUGCACAUGAUCCUGGAGUAUUCCAGUAGAGGGCGCACCACAAAACUAAGACUGUAGAACUUCCAAAUUUACAGUUGGACGGACAAGAAAACAUGUUUAUGUUGUGUUUAUUUAUGCUGAAUGACCCACCUUUGUAUUAUAACAAACCGAAUCUUUGCAUCCCUAUAUUAAAAGUUGAACAUUCUUUAUUUGAGGGCUAAAACUGCCCAUGCAAAAA